AUGUCGAUGUAUCCCGGCCAUCGCGGCAUGGGCGUCGCGCCCCCUGCCAACCCCAAUGGCAGCCGCCAGAACGAGCUCCUGGAGGGCAUCCGCGCCGAGUUUGAAUCGCAUCAACGACAGAUCGAAGGAUAUGAACACCAAAUCCAGGCCCAGGUUCAAGAGAUGCAAAUGAUUCGCGAGAAGGUUUAUCAGAUGGAGCAGCAGCAUGUCCAACUGAAGCAAAAAUACGAGGAUGAAAUCAACCUCCUUCGUCGUCAGCUGGAAACUCGCGGCGGUGGCCCCCCGGGACCUAUGAACCCGCCGCCACAGCAUGCUGGCCCUUCCCAGCAGCCCCCUCCUCAGAUAGGCAACAUGGGGGGAGGUGGUGUCUUCAACGGGAUCCUCUCCGGGCAGGGCGGACAGGGCGGCCUGGCCCCCCCUCCUCAUCCUCCUCAGGAGCAACAGCAGCCUCCCCACAUGCCCCCCGCGCCACCGGGACUCCAGCAGGGACCUCCUCCCCCUCCUCCCCCGCCGUCUCAGCAGCCCCCUUUCCAGCAACAGUACCAAGGACCAGCCCCCGGCGGUUUUCCAUCUCAGCCCCCCCAGAGCACCGCUAGCCCCGGCCCCGGCAGCAAGAGAGGGCAGCCGAUCGGGAGACCCCCUGCCGGCGGUCCCGCCACCCCCCAGAUCAACACUCCGGUUCCCUACAACGGCCCCGGCCAGUCUCCCCAGGUCCCGACCCAUCCCACCCCCGACCACCCCCGCAUGGUGCAGCAGCAACAGCAGCAGCACCAGCCCGUCCCGAUUUCUUCUCAGAGCAACGCAUUGAGCGACCUGGACCCCGAGCGUCUCCCAAGCCACAUCAAGAAGGUCAAGGACGAUUGGUGGGCCAUUUUCAACCAAGCGGUGCCCCGUGUUUUGGAUGUUGAUUUGGUUCACACUCUCCAGCACGAGAGUGUGGUCUGCUGCGUGAGGUUCAGCGCCGAUGGCAAAUUUGUCGCGACGGGAUGCAACAGAUCUGCUCAGAUCUACGAUGUUCAGACUGGUGACAAGGUCUGCAUUCUCCAAGACGAGAGUAUUGAUCUCAACGGCGAUCUUUAUAUCAGAAGCGUUUGCUUCAGUCCAGACGGGCAGUACCUGGCUACCGGUGCUGAAGACAAGCUCAUCAGAGUCUGGGACAUCAAGAACAGGCAAAUUCGCAACACUUUCGCUGGUCACGAGCAGGAUAUCUACAGCUUGGAUUUUGCCCGUGAUGGCCGCACCAUUGCUUCUGGCAGUGGCGAUCGCACUGUCAGGCUUUGGGAUAUUGAGACUGGUUUGAACACGGCAACGCUCACCAUCGAGGACGGCGUCACCACCGUUGCCAUCUCGCCCGAUGCCAAGUAUGUCGCCGCCGGCUCGCUUGACAAGAGUGUCAGGGUCUGGGAUGUCAAGACAGGCCUCUUGCUGGAGCGUCUCGAGGGUCCCGAGGGCCACAAGGACAGCGUUUACUCUGUUGCUUUCUCGCCCUACUCUCGUGACCUCGUCAGCGGUAGCUUGGACAAGACCAUCAAGAUGUGGGAGCUUGCCGCUCCCCGGAAUCACAACCAGAUGCCCGGUGGUAUUAUGAAGCCGGUCGGCCGCUGCAUCAGGACUUUUGAGGGACACAGGGUAUGUAUUUCUAGUGUUGCGCUCACCCCCGACAAUGAAUGGGUUCUCUCCGGUUCCAAGGACCGCGGCGUUCAGUUCUGGGAUCCCCGCACCGGACACACCCAGCUCAUGCUCCAGGGACACAAGAACUCGGUUAUCUCUGUGGCUCCAAGCCCUGCGUCAGGAAACUCGGGCGGCUGGUUUGCGACCGGUUCGGGUGACAUGAGGGCACGCAUCUGGUCGUACAGUCGUAUCCGCCACUAG